AUGACCUCCGAUAAACAAACCCACGGCCAUCUCGCCAAACCUUUUACGCCGACUCUCUCGGCUGCCUUCAAUCGCACCAGCAAGCCUCCUCUGACCCCGAAAUUGGCCAGUCCUGGUUCAGGAUACUCCGUCCCUCGUCGUCUCGCCCCUCCCGAUCACCCUUAUCCGACCCCCACCAAAGACGACGUGAGUGCUACUCCGGCCUCCUACCUGAGUGCAAAUGUCACCCCUCGUUCGGGUUCACGCACCACCCGUCGCGAUGCAGCUUUCCCCUCACCAACACACUCGGUCUCCGGUCAAUCAUCUACAGCGUCCUAUUCACAAAUUCCGGUCGGCCUCGGUGUCAAUGGGGUUAGGCGAACAGAGCGAAGUCCGGCUCGGGGGAUCAAGCCCUCCGAGUCUUCCAGGAGUCUGAGGGGGAAGGCAUUGAACGCCGAGGCUCAACAUACACCACGAACACACCCAGCAAUCGACCCUCCGUCCAACUCACCCAUGUUCUUCCACGCCUCUGCCGUCCGAUCGACACCUUCCUCCGAAGUGGAAGUCCCAUCUCGCCUGAAGCAAGGAAGGUCGUCUCCCGCUUCCAGCUUCGUUUACGCCAACGGCGAUCAAGAGAAGCAUGAGGCUACAGAUGAUACACAGUCUACCGUCAGUAGUCUCAGGCGCCGGUCUGGAGGCUUCGCGCGCUCCGGCUUACCGCCGCGCACCGCCCCUCCCUCCUCUGCCCGUCUCAAGUCGCCACGCAUUUCAGAUGCUUCCUCUUACCCGCCUGAGGACGGAAUAUCGCGCGGUGGGCCAGCCGCGGAUCUUCCCUUGCCUGUUGAGGUGGUGAUGCAAAGACUUGGAUCGUCGUCCAGUCAGGCGCCCGAGCGCCCGCCAUUAUUGCCUCUUCGGCAACAUCGAAAGUCGUCCAGUGUGGACUCUACCAGCCAGAUCUCGACACCCUCGGAUGGACUUCGAGCAAGCCCCUUCAUUGUCUCGACCACGCUGAGUACAGAUGGAGUUCCGGCCACGAUCUCCGAGCGCAUGCCGACCCUUCGGCCUCGGAUAUUUAGUAACGGUUCUUCGGUAACUACGAGUCCUUUGCCCAUGAGCCCAGGGAAACAUGAUAAUUCUUUCGACCCAGCCUCAACCGCCCGCACAGAACGCAAAAUUAUGGACCUUGAAAUCAGCAACUCAUCCUUACUAGCCAUCAAUCGGACAUUGGAGCGAGAGAUGCGUAAACACACUGCCGAGUUGCGAAGAUAUCGUCGCCUCAGUCGCUCGGGUCGCUUGUCCAUGGCACCUUCGACCCGAUCUUUUUCCGGCGCCGCGUUGUCAACGACUAGUGAGAUGGAAGAGGAAGACAGUGAAAUCUCUUUUGCGCACUCGCAAGACGAAGUGUCGGACCUGAGUGACGAGGACUCCGUGCCUGAUGAAGGGGUGUUAAGCCCCGAUUCGCUCGCCGAACAUGAUGCCAAGCACAGAGCUCAUGAUGAGAAGAAGUUCAUGCUUGAUCUUGCACGACACCAGGAGCUUUUGAUUGAUAGUCAAAAACUCAAUCAAAGUAUCAAGCGAUGUCUUGGGUGGACUGAAGAACUCAUCAAGGAAGGUCGAAAGGCUCUCGAAUACAAUGUUCGUGUCCAAGAUGUUGAACUGGGUGGCCGAGUUCUAUCUCCCGAGGAGCUGGGUGACGUGGGCGAAAGUGGGCGUGGUCUUCUGAGCCCAUCUGCGGACUGCUCGACCAUCUUCACCUCCGACUCCUCGGCAUUCGAACAUUCGUAUUUUGAAGCAUCCAGCCUUCCAUUACCAUCAUCCCCCGGUGGGAGUGACUAA